CCGAGACAGCGCUGGACAGCCCCACGGCCAUCGCAUCGCAGCGCUCGGCGCUUUGGCAAUAAUCGGACCCGGCGCAUGUCCAGGCGCUUCCGCUGGCCUCCACGGACUCUGAGACCGGAGCUGAAGGGGAAGCCUCAGGGAUGCUCCUGUCGGCGCCAGAGCAAGAGCAAGAGCAAGAACGCGAGCAGGCGGUGGUGGUGCGUCGGAUCAGUGGCAGUCGUGGUGUCUGCCGUCGUCGGCCUUGUUUCUGGCUCACGCUUCGAUGAAGUGCACAUGUCUGGCUGUGUCGAGGCUUCUUCGGUUUGAUCACGCGAGCUGGAAAAUAUAGAUUUGUGCGAACGCACGCGUCGCAGCUCAUUGACCAUGAGAGGAGUCCAAAUCUUGCAGUCGCCUUGCUCGUUUCAGGCCUACAGGCCUUGUCCAUUUGGUGGUGUAAACGUUGAAGCGUCUAGAACGAAUUUCUCCAAUUUCGCUGAGAAUGUCGCUGGAAGUAGAGCCGUCAAUGCAGACCUCAGUUUAGGUGCUUGUCAGUUUCGUGCUAAUAUAAAACCUUAUUCAAGUCUUAAUUGUUUCGGGUUUCAGCAGUACCGUUUAAGACAAAGUAAUGCCACUAGAAAUUUUCAGUUGGGCUUUAGAAAAUAUAACCUAAUUAGGGAGGAGAAAAAGUCGUUCCUGACUAUUCGGUGCGACUCCUCUGAUCACGAAUCGGCCUCAACAACUACUUCGUCAAAUGCCGAAGAGCAACAGAAAAUAGUUAGUCCCGACAGUACAGUAUCUGAUGCCGUAGAGCAAGGCUUAGCCAUAAAAAACGGGCUCAGUGCUCUGGACGCGUAUUUCAACAAAUUGAAAGGAAGUUCUACCGGCGGUAUAGAACUAUCUAAUUCUCCUGUAUCCACAUCCAGCUCAGUAUCGGCUGUAUCAGUUUUAGCUCCUCCAGAAGUAGCACAGAGGGUUUCUGAUGGUGGAGCAACGUCGAACGGAAAGGAUGCGCAAGGACUGAAGGCGUUGGAUGCCUACUUCGAGAAACUCAAUCCGAAAAAGCCAGACCCUGUGAUCGACGAAGUUAAAACAGAACUUGAGAAGCCUGAGAAGCCUGAGGACCUGACAGAAGAAGAGCUGUUUUUGAAGACUUUGUUAGAAGCCAAAGAGGAGUACGACAAGUACAAAGCCUCAGCCAGAAGCUCGGACGUAAAGUUCAAGGGUGACCUCAAAGUCGAGGCAACUACGCGUGUCGAUGAAGAUGGGAACGAGUUGGACUUGUCAGACUGGGAACUGGAUGAGGAACAAGUCACUAGUUCAGAUCUCAUCAAUGUGUUAGUGGCUAUCAACAUUGCUGUGUAUCUAUUCGGCUUGGCCAGCCCGCAUGAAGCCUUCGGCAUUACCGAUUCUUCUCUACCUUUCGUGUAUGGAGCGAAGGUUAACGAUCUCAUUGUGGCUGGUCAGUGGUGGAGAUUAAUAACUCCCAUGUUUCUGCAUGCGAGUCUGCUGCACGUUGGUCUUGGCUCUUGGGCUCUCCUUUCUUUUGGACCUGCAGUCGAAAGCGCCUAUGGUACUCUUGGAUUUGCCAUGAUAUACUUCUUGGGAGGAAUUUUUGGGGAUUUGAUGAGUUUCUACCAUACUACUGAGUGGACAGUCGGCGGAACUGGCCCAAUCUAUGCGCUUGUAGGUACAUGGUUGGUAUAUCUUCUGAAGAACCGAGAAACAAUCGGAAAGGAAAUUGCAGAUGAUAUGAUUCGGAAGGUGAUUAUAUUGAGUGCACUCAAUGUCGCACUUUGGAACUCUCUUCCUGUUGAUGAUUGGACUCAUCUUGGAGCAAUUCUCGUGGGUAUACUUUUCGGACUCUUGGCAAGUCCGACAAUGCAGUUGAAUCUGUCGCUCAAAGAGUUAGACCCGGAUUCGAAGGAGGAAAUGGGAGAAGCAUUUUUGUGGUUCAAUGAUGGGCUUAGUCCAGCGAGAUUGACCCUGGUGUUUGUUAUGUUCCUCGGUAUAUUUUACUGUCUUUAUCAGGUGGGUAUCACCGGGUCCCCUGAUUUUUACCUUCUGCAAGAUAGAGAUAUCUUUUCAUGACGUGUAAAUUUGAGUUUUAUAUUUGUUAAAAGGGUGUCAGGCGGAUAAGUUUUUUAGGGCAACAAGGAUCCUUUGUAACAUAGAUAGGGUUAUCUCUACGUCGAGCAGAGAUCACUUGGGGAAUUGAUCGGUAUUGAGAUUGAGCGACAGUUAACUCCAUGCCUCAUCUCCUAGAGCUCAAGUUCCUUGGCAAGUUGUGCAAUAUGUGAGUAGAUCGUAGUUCUGUAAUACUUCAUCAAGCCGCCAAGGCUGUGUGCGUAUCACAAGGUCAUAUUGCAUCAGUAUAAUUGUCUCAAAAGCCCGGCUCAUGAUUGACUGUACUUUCCUACUUCAUCUCCAUCUGUCUAAUCGGUUGAUUGUGUAAUGUGCUGCCGACAAAAUGUUUCAAGAAGUUCUUGCUGUCGUUUUAGCAGUAGGUUGACUGGUAAGAUGAAUCAUGCUGUGUCACACGGCGUUUGAAAGUCGUGCGACCUGGAAGGAACCUUCCUGGUUUCCUGGAGACUGCUCAUUAAAAUUAAUAGUCUUUUCUCAUGACUUAGUCACUUGCAAGGAACAGUGUCGGCGUAGCCUUUGUAGCAUGGCGUUCAGAUGUGUCUUCGGCAAAGGCAGUUGACUGUUCUGGCCCACGAGCAUCUUACUGCCUCUUUGCGAGUCAUGAAUGCCCCGUAGCCUGGAGUCGAGAAGGUGAAUCUUCUCGUUGCAUAAGAGUAUGCUUCCUAUUUGUUCACUGGACGUCCAGUAAUGAGAUUCUGUGAAACCAGGUUGUUUGGAGCAAUUUUGUCCUAGAUCUCCUGCGUCUGCAUAGUUAUCCUGAUUGUGUCGAAGUCCAGUACAACAGUACUACCUCUGCUACAAAGACUGGAUAUUGUUUUUAUCUCAAGACAGUAUCUGCCCUUUGAUCAUCCACCGCAUCAAAAC